UCCUUUUUGUCAAAAAACAAUAUGGCGACGGGGGGUAGAGAAGGAGGCCAAGCUGAGCUGUCGAGAAGGAGGCAAGCUUUUCGGACAGGAGCCACUGAUAGUCUAGACGAGCUCUCCGAGGAGGAGAGAAGAGAAACUGAGAGAGCUUUGUACGAGUACGUCUUCAGGAGAGCAGAGAAAGACGAGAAACUAUCCCGAGAUGAAGUGGAGUCCUUUCGGGAGGCAGAGAUCAACAAAGCAAGGACAGAAAGCGAAGCUACCAGUGAAUCAGAUGGAGGAGGAGGAGGAGAGAGCAAUGCUAAGGCUGUCGGGCGACGUCUAGCUGAGCUUGGAGAUGAGAUAGACUCAAUGUACAGCGGCCAUUUUGAGGACAUCAUGCAAAUGUAUAGUGACAAUCCUGACCAAGCAUUCGUUACUUUCUCGACUGUACUACAGAAUGUUUUUGAAUGGGAUGAAUUUGGACUACCUAAGCUCAAUGUUGGACGCAUUGCUGCUGUACUAGGCUACUGUUAUCACUUGUGUAAAAACUACAUCUCUAAAUACUUUAGUUCUUCUGGACUCUUGAGUGUCCUUGCAGUAAUUGCUAGCUUUCUAGUCAAGUUCUUCCUCAAAGCAAAGUUCUAUGACAUGCUAAAACGAGUUGGAGGAUGGGGUCAGCUUAUUCAGCUACCUGCUGCUAGUGUGCUAAAUCGAAUUGCUUCAACUCCAAAUUUCUUUUUGGUUGUUGGAGUCGCUUCCUUGGCUAUUUACGCAUUUCAAUAUUUCCGUGGAAGAUAAACAAAAAAAUGAUUAGUAUUAAUAACAGUGCAUGUAUAAUGAAUUGGAAAUAAGUUACACAUUUACACUCAAAACUUUUACUAUUAUUAUUGUUAUUAUCAUGUUAUUAUUAUUCCAAUAAUAUUAUCCAAAUCUUUUUAA